AUGUAAAUUCCUAAGAAUCCAAAUUAAAAAUAAUUGAAGCCUCAUAUCCGAAGUUAAUCUUUGAAUAAAUCAUAAUCCUAGAGAAAUCCUCCUGAAAUAAUUCCUAUUUUGUUACAUUAAUAUUAAACGCUUUAUAAACCAAUAAAUUAUGAAGAAAAUGAAUUAAAAAUAACUAAUAAAAAAUUAAAUAUUUUUGGUGAUCUAAUGUUUCCUUCAACUAAUUUUACAAAAUAAAAAAAUCUAUUAAUUGCAGAAGAUUUAACCGAGAAAAUAUCAUCAUUAAGAAAGCAAGGAAAUUUUAAUAUGUUAAGAUAAAAGGUGAGAGGAAGAUUAAAAACAUAAAUUAAUGAUUUUGAAAAUUAAAUUACAAUUAGUUAAAGAUUAAUUACAGAUCCUGGAAUUGAAACUUUGAAAACACCUUAUUAAUAACUUUUAAUUGAAAAAGAAUAAGCAAUAUAAAAUGGUAUUAAAUAUCCUUAUAAAAUCUACAUAAUGAAUGAUGAAAGAAAAAAGUUGAUAUCGGAUCUGUUAAGGAGUACAAAUAUGUCUAAUAUUUAGGAUGGCUUUAAUUUAAAUUAGAUAAAGUAAGAUUUAGGUUAAAGAAUAAGAAGUUAGAUUCGUUAUACAUAACGAGAGAAAACAAAAAAAGAGUUAACUUAAAAGAAAUGUAUUAAUAAUGCACUUUAUUUUUAAUCAGCCUUAAAUAAACAUUCUUAAGAGACAGUAAAAUUGAAAUAUAAAUAACAUCUUCCUAAAGAUUCUAGAUUGUAUAUUUAAUGA